AGGACCGCGUCGUCCAGAUCUCCACGCCCACGCACGCCCAGGAGGUCCAGGCCUGCGUGAGGAACUUGCGCCAUGUGGUCUCGACGGCGGACGUAUCUAUCGUGGUGAGGAGCGACGUGUUCCGUGUCCACCGCUUCCUCGUGGCGCACUUCAGCAGGUUCUUGGCCCGCGCACUGUCGCCCAGGGCAGGGGAGGCAGCCACCAGCGUGGUGUGUGUGGAGGACGUGGACGCAGACAGCAUGGCGCACCUCCUGGACUACAUGUACGGGAACCUGGCGAUCUUGAAGGAGAGCAAGCUGCUGCGGUUCCUGUGCGCGGCCCGCAGGCUGGAGAUCGACUGCCUUCAGACGCCCGGGUUGAAGAGCCUCGAGACGAACCUGACGAGGAGUUUGAACGCGACCCCCUGCGGCGCGUCCUUUUCGGAGGGACGGGAGACUGGGGGGGUGACUGGAGGCGACCGAGGAGGAGAGACGUCCCGGAACAUCCUGCUGCCGAAUGUGAAGUUUCCAGCGUCUCUCGAAAUCACAGAGAAGCCCAAGGCGAUCGGCGGCCACUCGGGAGACGGACGAAACUGCGGGGCGACACACUCCCGAGAGCAGGCGAGUGAACGGAAGAACGAGGAGAACACAGGCACGAAAGAACAGAGCAAAUGUUGCUGCCAUUGCUCGUGUCGGAGGGAAGGAGAAGCAAAAUCGGCCCGAGUGAAGGAAUCGAGCGAUGAGCGGUCGGAGACUAAGGAGGGAAGGACCUUGAGUCCGGAAGAACUCGAAGCAGAAACGCUCAGGCAGAAGUUGGAGAAAUGUGGCACCAAAAUAACUGGGAACGCUAUGAGCAUGCUACAAGUCCCGGCCUGGAUCUUCUCCAGCAAGAACAUCUCCAUCACGCCAGCCAAAGAGAUUUCCAAGAACGUUACAGUCUCUGCAGCUGACCAAUCAACAGCUGGCAAGGCACCUCUCGCAGCACAGGGGAGGACUGACGAGACAGACGCCCCUGUCAUUAUCGGGACGUCGCCUCCAAAGCCUCCUGUGCCGCCGAAGAGGAAUCUUAUGCCAGCAUUCCAGGCUUCUCCGCGACUCCAGGGGCAUGGCUACUUUCCAAAGGGCGACUUGCGGUAUCCAGGGCCUAGGGGAUCCCAUGGCGGGGCCAGGGGGCCACAUUCAGUAAGUCAGCGUUACCCAGGACCUAGAUAUAUGGCACCAAAUAUCAACAGUGUUCCCCGAAUACAACAGAACCAAAGGAACAGGCUACAAACACCUUACCCACGGAUGAUGCCCAAUGCCGUCCCGGACAGAGUUCCCCUGACCCAGAAGUCCAGCAGAGGCCAUGGGUAUGGCACGCCCCCGCCUCACAGGAAUAUAUUCAACGCUCUCGGCCAGAGCACCCCCUCCUCAGACGCCGGAAAUGUUAGCAUCCGCAUGGAUCGAAAACUGAGUCAGCAACCGAGAGUUAUUGUCAAUAAUAUCUUGUCUUCGCAAGGUAGAUCUCCACACUCCCCUUCCGGUCGAGGUCGGCGCGGCAGAUGUAGCAGAGGGAGACGGCUCUCUUUACUCUAUCCAUAUUCUCCAUCUUCUGAUAGAGAUGUCACAAAUCAGCCAGGAGGGAGCCAAGACCACGCGAAUGGUCUCGAUGAGGAACGUCCGAGCCCCUCCGGGAAGAGCUCCCUCCACUGGAAGUGGAAUGAACCCGUUGAGGUUAAGGACACGGGGAUUAUCAUUCAGCUUCCCGAUAAUGUUGCUGAGGUCAUUGCUGGGGCACCUGUACUGACUCCUGCUGCUCCAGGAUUGGACAAUAGGCGAUCUCUUGACUUCCAGUUGGCCGAGUCUGGCCCCUCCUCUUAUCGGGCUCCUGUGUCGUCUGUGGAAGGGCCGUCUGUGGAAGGGCCGUCUAUGGAAGGGCCGUCUGUGGAAGGGCCGUCAAGCAUGCCGCCAAGCACAGCAGAACAGCAGAUCGUGCAGCAGAACCCUUUAGCGGAUAACAGUGCCGCCUCCUCCGCUCCGAAUGAGUCCCUCAUGGACGCCACCCUGCCCAAUGAAAGCAUCCCCCCUCAUAGAAAGUCGUCCUCCUUUGAAGGCUUUUCAAUGGAUAUCGCGGUGGCAGAAACUCAGCCUCAAGAUCCACCACAGCCAGAAGAAGGUCCAGGGAAGGAAGAGACAUCCGAAGGCGAGAGGAAAGCGGAGUUGGCCAAGGACGAGAAUUGCAGCAAUGCAGCGUCGGCUGCAAAUACCAAUAAGACUCGCGGGAGGCCCAAGAAGACCUUCAGAUGCCCCGUGUGCAGGAUGAUGUUCCAGAAUCCCUCUUCGCUGUUGAUGCACCAGCGACAGCACACAGGGGAACGUCCGAGGUACUGCUCCUCCUGCAGCUUCCGGAGCGAGUCCCUGACAACACUCAAAAGCCACGUCAAGAGGAAGCACAGAAGGCUCCUACAGGAUUGCGAGAAGGUGUGCCACCCAGCGCCCGAAGUCGAACCCAACAGCUUGAGCAAGAAGAAGAAGAAGGACAAAAAGGAAGAAGAGAGAAAAGAGGAGGUGAACCCCCCGGAGACAGAAAAAUUGGAGAAUAUGGAGCAGGGCGCCAAUGAGGGUAAAAAUCCCGACCAAACUGAAAACCCAAAGACAUGAAAAAGUGCCUUGCAUAAAGAACCAGUGAUACCAGACAUUACUUUAUUUGUUUGUUUUUGUUUAUUUUUUUAGAGGGGGAAUAACUGCAAAAAUUACAAUCAUAUGUUUAAAAAUGAUGCAUUUUUUCAUCCCUUUCGUAUUUAGAAAAACUAUUUGACUUUAUGUUACAUGUUUGAUGAAGAAAAAAAAAGUAUUUAACCCAAAAACUUAUAUUUUCCUCUCUUUAAUCGGAAAAAUAAUUGUCUUUAUGUAGGAUGUUCUAGAAAGAAGAAAAGAAUGAAUUUACCCCAAAAACGCAUU